ACCUCCAGAUAAACAUGGCUACCUACAUAACGAUGUUCGGAGCGCUGCACAGAACUUUGGUCAAACAGAAAUGUCCGUCUGUCUUCGGACCUGUUUUCGCGAGAAGCGACGGUGUGGGUCUGUAUCGGCUGCGGACCACUCGUUGCUACAGCAGCAGCGAGAGCUCUAAAAGUUACAAUGUGACUGGCAGCACAGUUAUGACAGCUGGCACACGGCUGGCGACUAGACCUCAUCGCUGGAUGCGGGUCAGUUGCACGCCACUCGGAACCACCGGUCUUCUCGCGUCGUCGCGACCGACCAUGGUGCUGGGAAGAACGUUCGGUAACCAGGCCAGCGGUGCAGGCUUCUCCGGGGAAGACAGCGGGGAUAGCGCCGGUUCUGGUGGCGAGGAGUCUGGCGGUGAUGGAGGAGCAUCGUACGGACCUCAAAUGACCGCGUUAACCCCCAUGAUGGUUCCGGAGGUUUUCCCUAAUGUUCCUCUGAUCGCUGUGAGCAGGAACCCGGUGUUCCCCCGGUUCAUCAAGAUUAUCGAGGUGAAAAACAAGGCACUGAUGGAGCUGCUGAGGAGGAAGGUCCGUCUGGCUCAGCCAUAUGCUGGAGUCUUCUUGAAGAGAGAUGACAGUAAUGAGUCUGAUGUAGUGGAGUCUCUAGAGGCCAUUUAUUCCACCGGAACCUUUGUCCAAAUCCACGAGAUGCAAGACCUCGGCGACAAACUGAGGAUGAUUGUGAUGGGUCAUCGGAGAAUUCGUAUCACCAAACAACUGGAGGUGGAGCCCGAAGAACCCGUGACAGAAUCACCAGUGGAGUCUGAGUUGGUGCCAAAGACCUCGUCACGCCGCAAAGCCAAGCGUAGCCGCAAGGACCAAGUGGGCCCUCUGGCUGAGCAGAUGGAGGACAAGAUUUCCGAAGCUGACAUGAGUGUGGAGUUCCAGCCUCUGCCCUCUGCUGACAUCCUGAUGGUGGAGGUGGACAACGUACAACACGAGCAGUUCACGGUUACUGAGGAGGUCAAGGCUCUCACCGCAGAGAUUGUAAAGACCAUCAGGGACAUCAUCGCUCUCAACCCGCUCUACAGAGAGUCAGUUCUGCAGAUGAUGCAGGCUGGUCAGCGGGUGGUGGACAAUCCCAUUUACCUGAGCGAUAUGGGGGCUGCCCUGACUGGAGCGGAGUCUCAUGAACUACAGGACGUUCUGGAGGAGACCAAUAUCCCCAAUCGGCUCUACAAGGCCCUGUCCCUGCUGAAGAAGGAGUUUGAGCUCAGUAAACUGCAGCAGCGACUUGGCAGAGAGGUGGAGGAGAAGAUCAAGCAAACCCACAGGAAAUAUCUGCUGCAGGAGCAGCUAAAGAUCAUCAAGAAAGAACUGGGACUGGAGAAAGAGGACAAGGAAGCAAUUGAGGAGAAGUUCAGAGAGAGACUAAAAGACCGCACUGUCCCUCAACACAUCAUGGACGUCAUCAAUGAAGAACUCAACAAACUGGGCUUGCUUGACAACCACUCAUCUGAGUUCAACGUCACUCGUAACUACCUGGACUGGCUGACCAGUAUGCCUUGGGGCACAAACAGCGAAGAGAACCUGGCGCUUGAUAGAGCCAAAGAGGUUCUAGAGGAAGACCAUUAUGGGAUGGAUGAUGUGAAGAUGCGGAUAUUGGAGUUUAUUGCUGUUAGUCAACUGCGUGGCACCACUCAGGGAAAAAUCCUCUGUUUUUACGGACCUCCAGGUGUCGGAAAAACAUCCAUCGCCCGCUCCAUCGCCAGAGCCCUCAACAGACAGUACUUCAGGUUCAGCGUGGGUGGGAUGACCGAUGUGGCUGAAAUAAAAGGACACAGGAGGACGUAUGUGGGAGCAAUGCCAGGGAAGAUUAUCCAGUGCCUGAAGAAAACCAAGACUGAGAAUCCCCUGGUGUUGAUAGAUGAGGUAGAUAAAAUGGGCCGUGGUUAUCAAGGAGAUCCAUCAUCUGCACUGCUGGAACUUCUGGAUCCCGAACAAAACGCCAACUUCCUGGACCAUUACUUGGAUGUGCCUGUGGACCUGUCAAAGGUGCUGUUUAUCUGCACAGCCAAUGUGAUUGACACCAUCCCAGAGCCUCUCAGAGACAGGAUGGAGAUGAUUAAUGUGUCUGGAUAUGUGGCCCAGGAGAAGCUGGCUAUUGCAGAGCGCUACCUGGUGCCACAGCUCCGCACUUUGUGUGGGCUGGUGGAGGAGAAGGCCUCCAUCUCAUCUGAAGCUCUUGGUCUCCUCAUCAAGCAGUACUGCAGGGAGUCUGGAGUCAGGAACCUGCAGAAACAAGUGGAGAAGGUUUUCCGUAAAGUGGCGUUCUCCAUCGUCAGUGGAAAACAGGCCUCCGUGACCGUGUCACCUGAAAACCUGCAGGAGUAUGUUGGUAAACCGCUCUUCACAGUGGAUCGGAUGUACGAUGUCACGCCUCCGGGCGUGGUCAUGGGUCUGGCAUGGACGGCGAUGGGAGGUUCAACUCUGUUCAUCGAAACAUCACUGCGCCGCCCUGCUGGCAAGGGGGAGCAGAAGGGUGAGGGGUCGCUGGAGGUCACAGGUCAGCUCGGUGACGUGAUGAAAGAAAGUGCGAAGAUCGCGUCAACCUUUGCCAGAGCCUUCCUGAUGAACAUUGAUCCCAAAAAUGACUUCCUUGUCAACUCUCACCUGCACCUGCAUGUACCCGAGGGGGCCACGCCGAAGGACGGACCCAGUGCUGGCUGCACCAUCGUCACGGCCCUGUUGUCCCUGGCAACCAACAAAUCAGUGCGUUCCAAUGUAGCCAUGACUGGAGAGGUGUCACUGACUGGAAAGAUUCUGCCUGUGGGAGGAAUUAAGGAGAAAACUAUUGCUGCUCGCCGUGCCGGAGUGACGUGCAUCAUUCUUCCAGCUGAGAACAAGAAAGAUUUUUCUGACCUGCCAGACUACAUCACCGAUGGACUAGAGGUCCACUUUGUGGAUCACUACAGCCAGAUCUACCCUGUGGUCUUCACACAAGAUCAGUCCUAACUGGAGGAGCAGGUUCAGACUUCAUGCUGACCAAGGACCGUCUGUCUUGUUGUGCUCUCAGCAGAGAACACAAGGUUGACAUAGAAAUAUCUGCCUAAAUCAUCCAGAAGACUCAGCUGGUUUGAUUUAUCUCAUGUGACUCACUACAGGUGAGUCACAGGCAGACAACGGUGCACAGCUGCACUGACCUGACCAGAGCUGUUACACAAGGAUCAUGACGGCAAGCAACACGUUUUCAUGCGUACAGAAUACUGCUCAUGUGUGUCAACUCUCAGCUCCACUUGUAUGACCUUCUGAAUGGAGACAUUUCUAUAUAUAGAAGACCAACAUGAGGAUUAAUCAUAAUAAAGUUUUUUUUG